AACGGCGUUGUUAGAAUAUUCCUUUUGUGACAACUACAAGUCAUCGCGACGAGGACCAUAAAACGGCUGGUUCCCACUGUUCCACUUUUGUCGGGUCACAAGGGAUCCAAGUGAGAAGGUCAUCAUAGUGAUUAGAGAUCUACAGUUAAGUGAAACCUGUGUACAAUGGCAGAAGCAGCAGAGCCUCUAGCGGCAGCAGAGAGGGAAUUUUUCACUUACUCUGGUCCCACUAAAGGUGUACAGUAUCCUUUCAAAGUGCAGUAUUGUGGAGAAUGUAGCAUGCCAAUUGAAUAUUGUGAGUUCUACCCAAAUUAUGACAAAUGUAAGAAAUGGCUCGAGUCCCAUUUACCAGAUGAAUUCGAAAGACUUGUCUCUUGUAAAGGUGAAGGAGAAGGUGGGGCUGAGGGAGACGAUGGAGAGAAAAAGAAGCGACAGACGAGAGGUGGAAAAGGUGCAGUGAAGGCAAAGAAAAAGUCUGAGCCCCAGGGCAUCAAAUUGGCCACCGCGAAACGAGGCAAGAAGAAAAUGGUGACCAUCGUCAUGGGACUGGCUUCUUAUGAUAUAGACAUGAAAGAGGCGAGCAAGUUUUUUGCCAACAAGUUUGCAUGUGGUUCAAAUAUACAGGCCGAGGAUGAGAUUGUGAUACAAGGAGAUGUAAAAUUUGACCUCUUUGAUAUAUUACCUGAAAAAUGGAAAUCUAUAAACGAAGAUGAUAUUGACGAUAUUGGUGAAGUGAAGAAAUGAUAGGACCUUUAGAAGAUUUAUUAUUAUAUUUAUUGUAACAAGCUGAAAUAAAAUUGGAGAUAUUCCAUAACAUCAACUUUGUCAGAAAUAAACAGGAUGAUAUGCAGACAAAGGGAAAGGCUUUUUUUUCCAUUUAUAUCAUGGUUCGCACAG